GGGUGGGGUGCAAAUUCAGACAUGGGACUCAGGGGUGACCUGGCCGGCAUUUGAGAGUUCAGGGGCCUCUCUUCCCUCAGCUCUGGCGGUGGAACGGACACUGGCCUGCCCACACCAGAGUCCUGCCCAUCUCCCUCCCAGUGGUGGGCUGGGCUUGAGGGGGAGGGUACACUUACAUUUUCAGGUCUUUCAAGCCCUUGGCCUGUUGGGCAGCCUGACUAACCAGCUCCUCCAGGCCCAGGGGUGUUGGGGAAAGGGGUGUGGCCGGAGGCAGCCAGGCCAGCCCCAGGCUGUGGAUGUGGAUGUGGAAGAGGCCCUGUGCUCAGCAGGCCGGAGGCUGUCAUGGGCCUCCCCUGGCUGCUGCUGCUCGUGGUGCUGGUCUGGGUCCAGCCCUGCCGGGGUCUGGAGCUCAUCCCCUACACGCCGCAGAUAACAGCCUGGGACCUGGAAGGGAAGGUCACAGCCACCACGUUCUCCCUGGAGCAGCCGCGCUGUGUCCUGGACGGGCACGCCAGUGCUGCCAACACCGUCUGGCUGGUGGUGGCCUUCAGUAACGCCUCCAGGGACUUCCAGAACCCGCAGACACUGGCUGAGAUCCCAGCCUCCCCAAGGCUGCUGACCGAUGGCCACUAUAUGACACUGCCCCUGACCCUGGACCAGCUGCCCUGUGAGGACCCAGUGGGUGGCAGCAGGAGAGCCCCUGUGCUUAGGGUGGGCAAUGACACCAGCUGCCUUGCUGACUUUCACCAGCCACCCUACUGCAACGCCCCCCUCCCCAGCCCUGGACCUUACAGGGUGAAGUUCCUCCUGCUGGACCCCAGGGGCUCACCCCAGGCCGAGACAAGGUGGUCCGACCCCAUCGCUCUCCACCAAGGGAAGUCCCCAGGCUCCAUUGAUACUUGGCCAGGGCGGCGAAGCGGUGACAUGAUCAUCAUAACCUCCAUCCUCUCUUCUCUGGCCGGCCUCCUGCUCCUGGCCUUCCUGGCUGCCUCCACCACGCGCUUCUCCAGCCUGUGGUGGCCGGAGGAGGCCCCGGAGCAGCUGCGCAUCGGCUCCUUCAUGGGGAAGCGCUACAUAACCCACCACAUCCCACCCAGCGAGGCUGCCACCCUGCCCGUGGGCUGUGAGCCUGGUCUGGAACCCCUGCCCAGCCUCAGCCCCUAGCCUGGCCCAUGUGGCUGGGGCUGGGGCAGCGGGGACAUGGCAGGGACCAGCACACAGUGCAGGUCCGCAGGCCCUGCAACCCAUGCUCCCUCUUCCAUCCUGCUUCCCUACCCUGCCUGAAACCCGACCACUAACAGCCCUGCCUUUGGCUUUCCCAUUUCCCGCUUCUCCAGCCAAUGAGGUUGUAUUUAAGGGAGGGCUGUGGUCAGGCUGGGCAUCCAGCCCCCUCCUCCACUCCUGUCUGCCUCCUACAAGUGAAUGAGUGAUUGAGAUGAGGUGAUGUGGAGAGACACAUGGAGAGACCCCCAGCUGGAGGCCUGCAGGGGGCCUUGCUCUGCCCUGUGCAGGGGGCUGGGCUGGGCCCAUCAUGGUCUCCCUCUGUCCCUCUGUCCCACCCACCACUCACUCUCACUCCAAACAUUUACUGAGCACCUGCUGCAUGCCACGCAGUGUUAGACUGGGGCCCUCGCGGUCCUGAUCUUAGGGAGCUGGCUCACUGCUCUGCGCCUCCUGUGACCACGUAUCCUGAUGUGAGCUGUUACUGUUGGGGGGCUGUCACUCCCUCAGACUGUCAGAUACCUUCGGGCUCUCACUCCUCAGAUGAGCACUCCAAUGGGCUCUUGCGGGUCCACGAUCACCCAGGAGGACAGGCUUCAGACUCUCCCGCGUCUAUCCAUCCGCCCGCAAGGCCAGUGGUUUCCUUAUGGCCACAAGAGGGCGCCAGUGUACCUCAGCCGCAGGGUCCCGCGCGUGCGCACUCCUAUGCGCGGCAGCACGUCCCGCGGGAUGUUCAGGAGCCGCAGCCGCUCAGCUGGACUUCAGGACUCCAGGUCUCACCUCGACCUAGCCAGAGAGGUGAGCAGUCACGCUCUCGCUUAAGGAUUUAUGGUGUGUCGUCCAAUCCGCACAGCUGCCACCGUUGUCUAGAUGGAAAAACAGGCACAGUGACCUGCCCGUCGCGCUCUGUCCACUGUCACCCCACCCCGUGUCCCCCCGGCCGCUCCCGGGCCCUCUAGUCUGACUGCGGCUUCCAGCGUGCAGGCGCCCCCGGAGAAGGGCAGCUGGCGGCGGUGGUCAGCGUGGGGUCCCUGCUCUCUGGAGAUGAAUAAAUACGGUCUGGUUCCUCCA